UCGGGCUUCAGUUGCCCACUCCCUAACCGACUUUCCAGUGGUUUAGGAGUACGGACAGCAGGCUCCUCUGACUGGAGAGAUUGCCUGGUCUGCUCUCGCCAGAGAGAACAUCUUCUUGUCCUUCUUGUUGUUGUUUUAGUUGUCCAGUGGACUUCUUUAGACGUUGACAGUCAUCAUGGCAGAUGAGUCGACUGAAAAGAGGCCGUCUGCUGGCUCUGCCUGUACGAGCGCGAGCUCGGCCGGGGAAGGAGGCGGUUCGCCCAGCAGCUUCCUCGAGACACCGACGGCGACCAUUGGUUCCACCUCCAUGUGGUCCUCGGUCUCUGACCUCUCCCUUCAAUCCAUCGAAGGGAGGGACAGCAGGGACCACAGCCACCCAGCAGAGGGAGAUCUGCGGAAGCCGCAACGGGAGCACCAGCGGCCUGGCUCACCGGCGGCAUCCCCCUACCAUCUCCCCGGACCCUUCUUUGGGCCGCUGGCCCCCAGCCGUCCCACUGCGGGCCCCAUGGCCCAAUUCUUUGGCCAUCCAUCCUUUGGCCAGCUGCGACCUCCAGAGCCGGAAGAGUUCCCACCAUUCUUGCAUAGGGUGAGGGAGGCUCCUGGCUACAGACAUGCCACGCUUGCCCCCAUCCCUCCUGCGGAGACAACAUCUCUGGCCCAGCUUGCCCCCAUCCCUCCUGCUGCAAGAACAUCUCUGGCCCAGCCGGCCAGGGCGGACCCGGCGCGCAAGAGGAAUCUGGUCCUGCUGGCCCACCGGCUGCAAUCAGAAGGCAGCAGCACCACCGCUGCCGCUGGGGGGUUCCGCCCAGCCCCACCGGAUCAGCCCAGGAGCGGCAAGCCGACGGACAUUCGCCGUGCGUCCAGAGUCUUGAUUCCUGCCACUGAGCAGACACUGGCCAUCCAAAUCAAGGAGCCUGCAACUCAGAAGGCAGAAGGCUUCAGCACCGGUGCUGCACGAAGAAUGAAGAUCCCAGAGUUGGGACCACACAGAGCAGGGACCCAGGAGCGCCACCCACCAUCUCCUCCGCAGCUGCAGGGUCGAGGCCUGGCCAAGGGAGGAACAGCCCCGCCCACUGGGGAGAUCCAGCUUCCAAAUCGGAAGAAGCUCCUUGUUCCCAAGCAGGAGUUGCUUCCGGAAUUCCUCUUCCCGCCUCCUCCACCAGAGCCCACCAAAGUGCUCGCAAAGGGAACGGCUUCCCACCUGGUAGCCCCAGGAAACAAGGGCACCCAAUGUACCAAGCCAAGGGUGCAGCUCUUUGACUUUUUGCCGCCCAUCUCCUUGGCGCCCAAAAAGACCAAGGACCGUACAUAUGGGGAGUUGGUGGGCAGGAAACUCCCAGCAGAGAACAACGGAAAGAGGGCAAGAGCAGCAGGGGCAGAGAACGUGACAGCACCCAAGGUGCCACGGGGAAGCCCAAAGGCUGAGGGGGAGGCGAGAUCGGGAGAGACGGCCAAAGCACCCCUGGAGCAGAAGGAAGGGAGAACCGCACAGAAGAUCCCCACUUGCCAUCUGGAGCUGGCCGUCCAACCCCAUCAGCCCACCAAACCAGCAGGUAGCAUGCCAGGCCAGAAGCUGCUGAGAAUGCCUCAGGUCCUGCCAGGAAGGGGGAAAGCACGGCUGCUACCACCUGAAGCCGAAGCUGGGGACACCAAGAGGCAGAAAGUGGGGGCAGAGUCCAGUGGAUCCGCCCAGGCUGUGCCCCCGACUCCGAGGAGCAGCCUGGCCAGAAUGAUGCGGGACUCCGUGCAGGUAUUCCAUGCCCUGGGCCCCCCGGCAAAAUGCAAGAGUGCAGAGGGACAUCCCGGGCAGAGCGUGCCCCAAAAGACACCAGCGAUGUCCAUGGGAAGGCCACCAUCGGGAAGCACAGCCGAGCCACCACCAAGGCCUUUGGCAGCCCUGCCAAGCAGACCAGCGGGGAAGGCACCGCCCAGCUCCAUGGCCAGGCCAGCAGCCAUGCCGAUGGCCAACCUCCCCCCUAGCUCCCUGGCCCACCCACAAUCAACGCCAGUGUGGAGGCCGCCGGGAUCCCGUCCCUUCAUGCUCCGGCCCUCCUCCCUGGCGCAGGCAAAUAGCUUGCGGAUGCACGGUCUUGCUGGGAGGACCUUGGGCCAGCCCCCGCCGGCCCCUCAACCACAGCCACAGCCUUGGGGUCCCACACCAACCCACCGACCCGUCCUCCCUGCCCACCAAGCCUCCACGGAGCAUCCGGUCCUUCCACCUGGUCCCCAGCGCACGACAGCAGAGCAGGAGUUUAAGGGGGACACGUUCAUCCCUUGGAGGACGCCCCCGGCCCACCUGGAAGUCUCCCGGCCCAUGACGGAGGAGCAACGGCCCGUCCGGGAGCUGAUGCGGCGGCGGGCUCAAAGAGCGAGGGAAGAGGCGGCUCAGUGGACAUCAGCCGGCCGGAGGCAGUAUUUCGUGGAGCGGGAGGAGGAAAUGAACAUCUCCCUUCAGUAUGGCUACCCCUGGCGCCACUGAGAGGUCCUUUUGCGAAGAGCCAGACAAGCUGCCCCCAAGAAAGAGAAGCAAGCCACACGGGAUGCCCCUCCCCUUGGCCUCCUGCGGAGGGGAGGGAGUUUGUCCCAGCCAGGCUCCGCUGGAGGCCCCAAAGGCACCUGAUUGGCCCGUUCAGUUUGGGGGCCGGGGCUUGGGCCCUUGCUGGGUUCCCCCCCCCCCCAGCUCUUCAGUUUGGGCUGAGCAUCCGUGGAGGAAGGAGCUCUUCCAUAGACCUUUUUCUUGGCCUGAACCGGAGCGGGCGGGGGGCGGGGUGUGCCCGAGGAUCGGAAGAGUGGUGUAUUUGGGUGGGUAGCAUCGACCUGCCGAGCGGCGGCUUCCCCGGACAUCGGCGGUCAUUUUAGCGGCCUGAGGGGGCAUCGGCCUGCGGCUGGAGUGCGGCGGCAUCGGCCCCGGGGCGGCAUCUUCGGGGCUUGGGGCCUUUGGUUUGUCCGGGUUGGGCCUUCCUGGCCUGGGGCGUAUUGGGCAGCCUAACUGGGCGGGACUGGUGGUUGCUCUGAUUGGUGGCACCUAUUUGGGGCCCUGCCGCUCCCUGCGUUUGGGUGGGGGUGUUGGUUGGCCUUGGGGUUACUGGCAUUUUUCGUGACCUUCUUCUCUUCCGUUGGCUUCUUUGGGGGGUCGGAGUGGGGGUCUCUCAGGAGGGCAGCGAGUGGCUCUCUGGGCGCUCUUCUCUCCACGCCCGUCUUGUUCUUUUGCCCGUGGGGUUUUCGGGGUUGUUUUUGGUGGCAUUGGGGGUUGGUUAUUCCGGUGGUCAGCCUAUCAGGGGGCCAAGCGGCCUGCACCUCCAGCUUCUUCCUCUGAUGAGGAUGAUGAGGAGAUGGUUCUAAUUAGGGGCCUGAUCAACAGAAUGGAAGCUCUGGAGAAGGCCAAGGCUUCCAUUCUGUUGGAAGCAAGGGGGCUGGCCCGUCUGGAGCGCCGAAGGAAGUUCCUCGACGCACGCGUGGUGCUGCUGGAACACAGUUACGAAAAUCUCUCUCUGACAGGUUAGGAGCUCUUGAAAAGGGCGAGGGCCCGCCCGGCCCAGUGCUGCCUGCAGAGCCGGCUGAUCCUGUGUUGCCAGUGCCUGGCGUUCCUGUUCCUGCGAUGCCUUCUCCUGCGGUUCCGGAAUCCCAGCUGCCAUUGGAUCAACCCCCUGUGGAUCCAUCUUUGCCUCCGUCCCCGGGUGCUGGCGGAUCGGCGGCUCCUGUUCGGGUCCUGGUUUGCGGCCAUUCGUCGGUCUUUGGGGCCUUCAAGAGGGCCAGCUCCUCCCAUUGGGGCGCCCAGUUGGGUUUUGGGAAGCGUGCUUCUGUUUCUUGGUUGGGUAGGAGGGGCAUGUUAUGGAGCCAGUUGCUCCCUGCCAUUUGGGAUGAUUGAGCUAGGUUCCCUGGGCCUGAUGUCAUUGUGGUUCGCUUGGGGGGAAAUGAUUUGGGCGGGCGGGCUGGUCUCUCUCUUAUUAUUAUUACUAUUUCCCUGCCCCAGCUCUUCCGUUUGGGCCGAGCAUCCCCCUCCCUCCCUUCCCUGGAGCAGAGCGGGUCUAGUGACUGGUCGCCCUUCUGGGGCCGAGUAGGAAUUUUUGGCUCUCAACGCAUUGGCCACUGUUGGGAGUUUUUUCGCCUACUCCGUUCUGCGUUGGGGGUUUGAGUUAGAAUUAGGCUGGUCACAUUGGUAUUAUGGGUUAUUAAGGGUUAUUAUCGGUUAUUAUUGUUAUUGGUGAAUAAAGUUGUGGCCCUUUUCACCCAAA